AAUAUUUACUGUUUUCUAUUAGUUCUUGCACCAAAACCGUUGUAUAAUCAGUGUAAAUUACUUUUUAAAGUAUCAAAGAUUAUGAACAUAAAUUCUAGACCAUGCACGAGAAAAGAUUUUGUCAGAUUUCAACGUCUGAUGGGCAUGACUUUUAUCUCCUUUCAACGAUAAAAGCUGACGGCGAAGAUGGAAUCUCAUUGGUCAUGUGCGACGGCAGUAAUGCUUGGUCGGGAGAAGUUGAUGGAGAGGAUCUGGUACGAACCAGUCGAACCUUAACAAUGAAAUCUGACGAAUACUUGGAACAGACGUGUAAAGCUCUGACUGGACAACACAGUGCUGGUCUGAAUUUCCAGUACGAAGUCAAGAAGAAAGGUCGAACCAUGGAAUUUUCUUGGAAGAAGAUGGUCUCUGGUAUAAAGUUCCAGCUUGGUUCCAUUGUGCUCCGAUCCGAAGAUGAUGCGUCAGAAAUCAUCAAAGAAUUAUUUGAUUAUUGCAUCGGGUCGUUCAAGAAUCAGAAUGAGCAGAUACGCACAUUACAGGGCGACACAGAAAGAUUGUCUUCAGAGAGAACAAAUGCAUUAAAGAGAUUAGAAAAGUUUACUGCAGCAAAAGAGACUUUAGAGACUGAUCUUUAUUCAAAGUUCCGGGUGAUCAUAAACAGUAAGAAGUCAAAACUACGAGACGUUCGCCAAGAUCUGGAAGAAAUAAGGAAUAAUGCACCGAGGCAGUCCACAAGUACAGGAAAAUCCGCUGUGAAACGACAACUAUCUUCAUCACCGGAGUCGGAGGCAGUCAAUGGAAGCGAUGCAGGGGAGGACGAUAAUGAAAGUGAUUACCACUCAGACGACCAGACCACACCUCACCCAAGUAAACAGAUGAGGCGGAAUGCAAUCGUACCGAAGGAUGAGGGAUCGUCGUUACUGUUCUUAGGAGAUGAGGAUGAAGACAACAAGAAAGCAGCACCACUGGCAAGAAGACAAAGACGGCAGCGGGAAUCUCACAAGAAGCAGACGCCGUCCAAACCUGUCAUUCCAAAAGUCUCGUCUUCGAAGAAACCAGGCCUCACCCGUGGAAGCUCUGGCAGCAGUAGUGGCAGCACUGGUGCACGCUCGUCGCGCAGAAGUGGGUCGCAGGCCAACGCAGAUGAUCUCAUGGACCUUAUGUAGGAUGGAGAGAAUCACAACUCUAGGCCUUCUUCUUGUCAGUUUGCCUUAGAGUAGUUGUGUAUAGCAUCACAGUUCUAUCAUGGCCCAGUGACACCAACUAAGGAUGAUAUCAUGGAUUGUAUAUCUGGGAUUGUCUUUCGAUGACAGAUUCUUCUUUUGAGGAUAACACAGCACAAGUUAAGACAUAGACUGUGACUCAUUGCAGCAUUUAAACAAGUCCGUUGGUUCUGUUGGAACCUCUAAAUGCCUGUUGACUUUUGUCACAUUAAGAACCUCUGAGAUUAGUCUGCCCCAAUCCAACUGCUAUCAUGUUGAUUGUUGUAAUAUAUGGCAUUUAUGUCCUAAGUGGAAAUGCUGCAUGGUAGAACCUCACUAUUAAGGACACCAUGGGAACUGACAAGUGUUGUCCUUAAUAGAGAGGUGUCCUGAUAGGAGAGGUGUCUGCAAAGGGUGGUUCCACUGUACAUUUAGAGAUAUGAAUAAAACGGACCAAGAGUGCAUAACUUGUCCCUGCUGUGAGUGUAUAAAAAGCCGUUUCUGUGUUAAGACACAAAAGUAUUAAUUGAUAAAGAAUUAUGUAGAUAGAUUCUCUUAGUGAUAUUAUAGCUGCUGCCUGUGCUGGUGCAAUCACUUCCACAUUCUGUUAGAUACCUAAUUGUAUUCUUAUAUAAUAAAGUUGUGCCAUUUUGAUCUCA